UUUUAUUUUGCCACUGCGGUGCGACAGAACAGUGCAGUUAAAAAAUUAGAGCUACUUCGAAAUUGCGAGCUAAGGCCAACAAGACCCCUUCACUCUCAAUGACACCCCACCUCUUACCCUGUGCGCGCGGAGAUCCAGUCCGCAUAUUAGCGGACACCGCAGAGCUUUCAGCUGCAGGGAGGAGCGUGGCGGCCGAGGAGCAGCCAAGUGGGGAUGUGGGCUUAUUCGCCGCCGGAAUAGGCAUCUGACUGAAAAAGCAAUAGAAAGAAAGAAGGGAAGAAAAGAAAAGAAAGAAAAAGAGAUCGGCUGACAGAAGAGGGCGAUGCAGCAGGCGUGCAAGUGCGGAGAGCCGUGGCGCCGCAGCGCAUCUCGUUGACAGCGCCGCAUCCAGCAUCCCACACUAGCGAGCGAGGGAGCGACCUCGUCCUACGUAGCCCAGGCCUUUCAUGGAGGCUCUUCCAUCCUUGCUGAACAUGAAGUAAUGCUUUUCCGUUUGAGCUUGGCGUGUUUCUGAGCUGCUGCUCCCAAUGGCUUCUCAGCAGCGCGCUCGCCGGCCCAGCGCCAUGAGUUCUGAGGAGAAAGCCUCGACCCCUCUGCACAAGAGUUCGACCCCAGUGCAUAAGACCACCCCCUCUGUGGCGUCCUCUCAGAGGGACAGUAGGCAGGAAGGGGACAGCUGGGAAAUCAUUGAAGGACUCAAGAUUGGCCAAACCAACGUCCAGAAACCAGAGAAACAUGAAGGGUUCAUGCUGAAGAAGCGGAAAUGGCCCCUAAAAGGCUGGCACAAGCGGUUCUUCGCCCUGGAUAACGGGAUGCUGAAGUAUUCCAAGUCACCCAUUGAAAUUCAGAAAGGAAAGCUUCAUGGCAGCAUCGACGUCGGCCUGUCAGUGAUGUCAAUCAAGAAGAAACUGCGGCGGAUCGACCUGGACACAGAAGAUCACAUCUAUCAUUUGAAGGUCAAAUCUCAGGAGGUUUUUGAUGCCUGGGUGGUGAAGCUGAGACACCACCGCCUCUACCGGCAAAAUGAAAUUGUACGCUCACCUAGAGACACCAGCUUCCAUGGGUUUCCUUCACCAAAUGCAGAGCCAGGCCUGCCGGUGACAGAGGGACAGGUAAAACCCGCCAGCCUGCCAUGGCAGCAUCAAGGAUGCAGCAGUCUCCCCACCUCGUACAGCAACGGGCAAAGCAAGGUGGCAGCCUGGCUUCAGGAGUCGGACGACAUGGACAAGUGCUCUGAGGAGCUCACCCACUGUCAGUCAUGCCUCGUCGACCUCAGCAAGUUGCUACAGAACCUCGAGAUCCUGCAGAGAACCCAGUCAGCCCCAAAUUUUACUGACAUGCAGGCCAACUGCUUGGAUCUCGGCAAGAAAGACAAACGCACAGGCCGGAGGUGGAGGACGAAAAGCGUCAGCAAAGAUGCUAAAGUGCAGCUGCAGGUCCCCUUGAGCUCCUCCAUGUCCCCAGUCCGUUUGCACGCGUCCAACCCCAACAUCUGUGCAGACCUGGCAGAUUUUCAAGCACCGGUGGGCAGGCUGGUAGACCCCUUUGAGUACGCCACCGACUACAUCAAACUGCAGGAGGAAUUCUGCCACAUUGCACAGAAAGUGCAUUCUUUCCUGAGGUCGGCCUUCAACACAGUAGCAAUAGAAAAAGAGAAAAUCAAGCAGCUGCUCUUAGAGCAGGAGCAGGCGGGCAGCAGCAACCAGCUGGCAUCACUGCGGAGGUCUUUAUCACAGGCACUCAACCAGAAUGCUGAGCUGAGAACACGCCUUAACCGUAUCCACAAUGAGUCGACCCUCUCAGAACAGGUCGUCAGCGUGAACAUCAUCCCCAGCCCCGAUGAGCCCAGCGAUCAAAUCCAUGUCGGCAUCCCCCUGACACAGCAGGUCUCCAAUGAGAGCAGGCUCUCCAUGUCGGAAUCCGUUUCGGAAUUCUUUGAUGCACAGGAAGUGCUUUUGUCAGCAAGUUCAUCUGAGAAUGAGGCGUCAGAUGACGAGUCCUACGUGAGCGAUGUCAGUGACAACAUUUCAGAGGACAACGCCAGUGUAGCUGACAGCAUUUCCAGGCAAAUACAGAAUGGAGACCUGGCACGGGGGGCGUUCCGCAAUGGCCGCCGCAGUUGUCUGCCCGCUCCGUCUCAUGACACCAGCAGCAUCAACCUGUGGAACGUCCUGCGGAACAACAUUGGCAAAGAUCUGUCCAAGGUGUCCAUGCCGGUGGAGCUCAAUGAGCCUCUCAACACCUUGCAGCACCUCUGUGAGGAGCUGGAAUACUCGGAGCUGCUGGACAAGGCUUCCGAGACCGAGGACCCUUAUGAGCGUAUGAUUCUUAUUGCUGCGUUUGCAGUUUCAGGGUAUGCGUCCACGUACUACAGGGCAGGAAGUAAACCUUUCAACCCCGUCCUGGGGGAAACGUAUGAGUGCAUUCGGGAGGACAAGGGCUUCUGCUUCUUCUCUGAGCAGGUCAGCCACCAUCCACCCAUUUCAGCAUGCCACUGUGAAUCCAAGAAGUUUCUCUUUUGGCAAGAUAUGAGAUGGAAAAAUAAAUUCUGGGGGAAGUCCAUGGAGAUCAUUCCAAUUGGAGCAGUGAACGUCACCCUCCCAAAGUUCAAUGACCAAUACGAGUGGAACAAAGUGACAACCUGCAUUCACAACAUCCUCAGCGGCAGGAGGUGGAUAGAGCACUAUGGCGAGAUAACCAUAAGGAACACCAAAAGCAGCGCCUGCAUUUGCAAACUCACCUUCAUCAAGGGGAACUACUGGAGCUCAAAUGUUAAUGAAGUCCAUGGAUUUGUGAUGGACCAGGAAGGGAAAGUUGUCCAUCGGCUGUUUGGGAAGUGGCAUGAAGGCCUCUACUGUGGUAUCCCACCCUCAGCAAAGUGUGUCUGGCGGCCAGGCUCCAUGCCCACAGACUAUGAACGCUACUAUGGCUUCACAAGGUUUGCCAUUGAACUCAACGAGCUUUGCCCUGAAAUGAAGGACCUGCUGCCCCCCACUGAUGCCCGAUUUAGGCCAGACCAAAGGUAUCUGGAGGAAGGGAACGUUGAAGCAGCAGCCUUAGAAAAGCAAAGGAUCGAGGAGCUGCAGCGAGUACGCAGAAGGUACAACGAUGAGAACAACAUCAAGUAUGAACCCCGCUUUUUCAAGAAGGUGAUCGAUUCCAAUCAGAGGGAAAGGUGGGUCAGCAACAGCACCUACUGGGACCUGCGCAAAUCCCCUGGCUUCAGCAAACUGGACUACCUAACGCUUUGGUAACAGCUAGCAAGGAGGAGACGCUUACCUAUGCACAAAUAUAUAACGAUUUACCGUGUUGCAGCUUUGGGUUUUCGGGGGGUGACGACGGUAAAGUUUUAGAACACCGGGGGACGGACGUUCACAUCCCCGUUGACCGCAAGCACCAGCAGAAGCCCCAUUUCAAAUGAGGAGAUGGCAGGAUGACCUCCCCCCCCCAUGGGCACCACAGGGGGGAGCAAAGCAGAAAGCUGUCGCCAGCUUUUAACCAUCUGCGCUUGCCUUAAGAGAGACCCCUUUAGGAGUGGCACCAUGCCAGUCUAGGUCAGCACAUGAGAAAUGGCACACGCAAGCAAGAAGGGACAACAGGGAGCCGAGGAAGCGCGGAAGGUUUUCACAUGAAAAUAAAUACACUCAAGAUAUGGGUUCACCCAAGAGCGUUCUGGAUCACGGUGCGUAACCCCCUCCCUGUCACCAUGUGCCAACGCUCCCCUCCACUCCCAUUAGAAACAACAGGUAAAGGCAUUUUAAAAACGAUUCAAAUUGUGUGUGUCUUUAAAAUACGGUGUCACCAGCUGGGGGCGCUGCGCUUACUUAUUUUGAUAGUAAAGGAGAGAACAGGGUUCAAGUGUCCCUCUGCUGUGGGAAGAAAAGAUGCUGCCACAGGCUACAUGUUCAGAGUUCUGGCUUUUGUUUUUCUUCAGAUGGAAAUAACUCUGCUUUAAGUUUGGUGCCUCGUUUAUUUCUAACUUAGAGUCGUCACAUGAAAAAGUGGUGAAAAGUCCCACGAUAUCUUGAGGGAAAAGUGGUAAGAAGCCCCGUCCCCAUGUUGAGACAAACUGCAGAGAAGCCCCACCCUGUCUUCAAGUAAAAG